AUGAACGGCGCAGAACUGAAGCAGAUUCUAAAGGAAGGCGGGCGGGUGUUCGGCACCAUGAUCACCCACGGCCAAAGCCCGCGCUGGGUUCCGGUGCUGUCGGGCGUGGGCCUGGACUAUGCGGUGAUCGACACCGAGCACAGCCCCCGCGGACGGGGAGAACUGGGUGAAUACCUGACAAUGUUCAACACGAGCGGGGUGGUGCCGAUCGUGCGGAUCCCCAUCCCUGACUCGCACUACGUGACCAUGGCGAUGGAUGCGGGUGCGCAGGGUGUGCUGGCCCCAUACUGCGAGACGGCGGACCAGGUGCGGGAAGUGGUGGCUGCCACAAAGUGGCGACCGCUGAAGGGUGAGGCCGUGGAGCGGGUGGUGGAAACGGGUGAGCACGUAAGCGACGCCACCCGGGCAUACUUGGAGGAUCGAAACCGCAACAGCAUCUCCAUCAUCGGCAUCGAGAGCGUGGCUGCGGUCAACAACCUGGAGGCGAUCCUUGACGUACCGGGGAUUGACGGCAUCUUUGUCGGCCCGAACGACAUGAGCAUCUCGUUGGGCUUUCCCGACCAGUAUGAGCGGCCGGAGUACAGGGAGACGGUGAAGCGGGUAAUCGAUAUGUCGGAGGCCAGGGGCAUCGCGACGCUGGUGCAUCACCAGACGCCCGACCUUUCGACCUACUGGAUCGAGCAGGGCGCCAGGUUCGUGCUCCACGGAACCGAUCGCCGGGCUCUUACCGAGGGUCUGCGGUCGGACUUCUCCAAGCUGCGAGAGGCGGCCAAAUAA